AUGGCGGGAGUACACGCCGAGCUGUCAUUAGUGGUGAUAGACCGCCACCACCUGAAGAAGAAGCCGAAGGUGCGCGACUUCGUGUGCCCGCAGUGCGGCGCCGUGUUCCACUCGCGCGCCAAGCUCCAGUGGCACAAGGAGACGCACGACGAGAAGCCCAAGGCGUGCGUGUACUGCAGCGACAAGUUCGUGCACGCGGCGUCGCUCACGCGCCACGUGCGCCGCUCGCACAACGAGUACUUCAUGGCCAGCACCGAGAAGCACAAGACGCAGAACGUGCCGUGCCCCGUGUGCAAACAGGUGAGCUUGUCCUGGCCGCCCCAAACACCCGUAACACCCAUCUUAUCUUAA